UUUGUCUGGAUGUUCUCUGACUUAGCAACUUCUUCACUUCUCUUCACCUUGAUCGCCUCUGAAUGUCUUCCUGACGAGAUACAUCGCAAGUGGUGUAUGUACAUUUUUGUCUAGAUUUAAACCCGCACAUACCUGUAAAGGAAGGAGACGAGAGGCCUACGGCAGUUAUGUCUCGCAGGAACAACAUGAAUACGAAAAGGGAUGUCAAUGUCAGUCUGCAGCAGCCCCUGAACGAGUCGGAGUCGGAGCCGGACCGGGCACCGAAAAAAUCGAGAAUAGAAAUCGGCUCCAACGAUGGCGAUGAUAAGCGCAAUGGUCUGGACCAGUUCGUGGCCUAUCCUAUCCACAAGGUCAAUCGGCUCCUGGAGCCUGGACCCAUUUUGCUUGUGGCGACCGGCUCCAUAGCCAACAAGACGCACAACAUAAUGACAAUGGGUUUCCACAUGAUGAUCCAGCACGAAGGACCAACACUUGUCGGUGCCUGCAUUGGGCCGUGGGACAAGAGCUAUGAUAACUUGAAGAAGACGGGCGAAUGCGUGCUCGCCAUUCCUGCGGUGGAGAUGUUGGAGAAGGCCGUUGAUAUCGGCAACUGCAGUGGGGAAGAUGUCAAUAAGUGGGUGAAUUUUGGAAUAAACCCGGUCCCAGCUCCUGAUCCUGCAGCUGUAGAUGGGUCGUGGCAUAGAAAAGGGGGUGAGGAAGGGAGAGCACGGGCGCCUUUGGUUGGAGGGAAGGAUGUUAUAGCCAACAUUCAGUGUAUGGUUGAGGACCGAGCGUUGGUGGCAAGGUACAAUCUGUGGGUGCUGAAGGUGACUGGAGUAUGGAUCAAUAGAGACAUGGAUCUAGAGUAUGGUCAGGGAAGCAGAGACCCAGCAGAUGACGACGAUCGUGUUGGUGGUGGCAAACGAAGGAAGAGGGAAAUGAAGAUGGCUCACCAUCGCGGAGAUGGCCGGUUCGUGAUUGACGGAAAGGAAGUCGAUUUGAGAGAUAGGAUGGUCAAGUGGAAGGAAUUCCAGGAUUAGGCUCGUCAGGGGCAAGAUCUGUGUUGUGAUCCGCUCAUCCAUGACCUGCAGCUCGAUGUAACAGGAUUGCAGUAUGCUGUUUCGUCUCAUACAAGGUAUGCACACAACUCUGCCAUUGUUUUGGUAAGCAGAUGGUAGGGUUUAGAGGUACUGAGACAAUUGUGACAAAAGGCCUUGCCUAGUGCAUCCUAGUCUGCACCGCUGGCAUCUUUGCCCUGUUGAUAGUGUCAUGCUUAAAUUGC